AAUGUCAAUUGUCAAACUUAAGUCACCGGCACACGUAAGCGUUUAAUACCACAAAACUUAAAAUUCUAUUUAAUUUACACGUAAUACUAAUAAAUUAACCAGAUAAAUUACAAUACAAUUUAUCAAAGAGACUGACGUGGAUGGAAGAACUAAUAGAACCAUUAUAUUGUUGAUGGACACUGUUUCAAAAAUGCCAACUAAAGUUACUGAAAAACUUCUUUUACUAUUUUAAUAAUCGCUUAACUAUUACAAUUUAGAACAAAAUGGAUAUUACUCUUAUUCUAUCAUCUCUUGUUGUUUACGGCGGCGUGGCAGCUGCAAGUUUAUUUGUUGUUUUAGCAAUAACAAUUUAUUUGACAACGAAACCAUUCCCAAUAAUAGAGAGGGUCCAAGAAGAAGAAACCUACAAUGACACAAUAACAAAGACAAGAAGUCAAUUUCCUAAAAUUGAUGAUCCCCACAGUGUGAAUUUAAGUGUAGUGGUACCUGCGUACAAUGAAGAAGAAAGAUUACCACCUAUGCUGGAUGAGGCUUUAGAAUUUUUGGAGAAAAGAACCAAAGAGUACUCGUCAUAUAAGUAUGAGAUAAUUAUAGUGAGUGAUGGGAGUAAAGAUAAUACUGUGAAAUUAGCAGAGAAGUAUGUACAGAAAUAUGGCAGUGAUAAGUUGAGAUGUCUGAACUUAAUAAAGAAUAGAGGGAAGGGUGGUGCUGUUAGACUGGGUAUCUUAAGCUCUAGAGGGGCCACCAUACUGUUUGCUGAUGCGGACGGCGCGUCAAAGUUUGAGGACCUAGUGAAGUUAGAAGCCGCUCUCAAAGAAAUGACUAAAUACAAUCCCAUUAACCAACCGCACGAAACUAGUACCAGCGAGGCAAUAGUUAUAGGGUCUAGAGCGCAUUUAGAAAAGGAGUCGCUAGCUACGAGAAGUUUAUUCAGAAACAUAUUGAUGUAUGGUUUCCAUUUUCUCGUGUGGCUUUUCACUGUGAAGGGCAUUAAGGACACACAAUGCGGGUUCAAACUGUUCACGAGGAAGGCAGCUGACAUUUGCUUCCAAAGUCUGCAUGUCAACCGAUGGGCAUUUGAUGUGGAACUGCUGUACAUAGCACAAAAACUAAACAUUCCAAUUUCCGAAAUUCCCAUAAGAUGGACUGAAAUCGAGGGUUCCAAAGUGACGCCAAUAAUAUCCUGGAUUCAAAUGGGAUGCGACCUGGGCCUUAUUUGGUUAAGAUACCAGAUUGGUGCUUGGAAAAUUAAAUAUAAGAGAACAUAAUAUUCGUUUUAAGUUCAAAUUUAUAAUCAUAUUAUACAUAUAAUAUACUAUUAUUGAAUAACUA